CGGGCGGGGGCGCCUCCUGGGCGCGGGAGGAGGAGGAGGAAGCCUGGCCGGCCAGCCACGCCCCAGUCGCCCCCCGGCCUCGCAGCCUGGACGGAGCCGCUCAGGGCAGCCAUGCCGACCUGCCCGUCUCCUCCUGCAGCCGGAGCCCUCUAGAGAGCCAACCGCCUGCUUCUGUCCUUGCUGAUCCGGUGCCUCCGCUGGGCACCAUGUCGGAUAUCCUGCUCAACCUGGACGCGGUGCUCCCCCAGCCGGCCCAGAAGAGCUCCGGGGGCAACAAGAAGCACCAGCGCUUCAUCAAACGCCGGCAGUUCUUGGAGCGGAAGGGCUUCCUGAAGCAGAAGCAGCUGCCUUCCCAGCCGCCCAUGCCCAGGCGGGAUGCCUCGCUCGGCUGCUCCGCGGGACCCGACAGGGCCAAGAAGAAGCAGAGAGUGGAGGCGAAAGAGGGCAGCAAAGGCUUACCGGCGGAGGGGCCCCCUUGCCGACUCAAAAUGCUGCCCAAGGAGAGCUCCGAUUCAGGCGCUGUGGAUCCCGCAUCCCGGACUUCCAGCUCCUCGGCAGCUGCUGCGGCCUCAAGGAAAACUGGGAGCGUUGCUGGGAAAUCCAAUGGGACCCUCUGCAGCCGGGGGGAUGUUUCCCGAAUCAGCCUGUUGAAUGAAUUCAAGAGUGGCCUCCCCGAUGCGCCGGUGCUAGCCAAGCCUAGCAAAAUGGUGGCCAUUGACUGUGAGAUGGUGGGCACCGGGCCUGGCGGGCGCAAUAGUGACCUGGCUCGAUGUAGCGUGGUUGGCUACUAUGGCGACGUGAUGUACGAUAAGUACAUCCGUCCCCUGAGCCCCAUCACCAAUUACCGGACUCGGUGGAGUGGCAUUAGGCAGCACCACAUGAGAGACGCCGUCCCCUUCAAGUUAGCCCAGAAAGAGAUUCUUAAGCUUCUCUCGGGGAACAUUGUCAUUGGGCACGCAAUCCACAAUGACUUCAAAGCCCUCAAAUAUUUCCACCCCAAAUCCUUGACCAGGGACACUUCAAAAAUCCCCCUGCUCAAUCGGAAGGCUGGCUUUCCCGAGAAUGAGUCAGCCUCCCUGAAGCGACUCACCAAGCAGCUCCUGCAUCGAGACAUUCAGGUUGGUCACAACGGACACUCGUCGGUCGAAGAUGCCAGGGCCACCAUGGAGCUGUACAAGGUGAUUGAGGUGGAGUGGGAGAGGCACUUGGCCACCUCCCCCCUCCAGGACGGACCACCGGGCACCACGUGACGGCCCUUGGCCAAGAGCCAGCUGGCCUGGACUUGAUGGAGCGAGAGCUGCAGAUGCUGCAGAAGCUUUUGGAGGGAGGGGCAGAGGAGGGGAAGAAGGCGUAGCUGACCUGAGGGGUGGGGGGGGUGAGAAGGACGAGUCCAUUACAUUGUCUCCAGCUGAGGCCCACAUUGGUGUGUUCCUUGCAGGCUUCUUGGAGCCGAUCUUGCCCUGGGGGUGGGGAGGAAGGCCUGCCUGCCAGCGCUUGAGGGGUGCUGAUGCCUCCCCAGGGAUGGGGGAGGGAGCAGGAGUGGGGCCACAACCACGGAGGGUUUCCUCAACCGGUGGGAUUGUUGGGCGCAGUCCUCCGAACGCCAACCUCCUUGGUGCUGAAGGCUGGCGCUUUAAUGGAGCCUUGGGACCUCCAGCCGGCUGAGCCUGCCUUAUUAAAAGGCAUCGGGAAAGUGAAGCCGGGAGUUGCUCCCCUCUUCUGAAGGUUGGGGGCACCCCAGCUGCAAGGACCACUCGGGACUGCUCCCUUCAGCAGCAGCCUGGGAGCUGCAUUGGGCCCCGUGAGGGCAAGGAGGCCCUUCUGGUCUCCCACUUCUCCUCCAGUGGCAGGAUUUGGUCCUCCAAGAGGCGCUGGGGACUUUUAAUCACCAGAGCACGCUUUCCGAUCUUGGCACAUCGUCUGUAUCAGAACAGGAGAGGUGCCUGGUUUUUAUGGCUUGGAUUGUUGGGUGGGGGGGGGGGGGGGGUGGAUGGGUGCAGCAGUAGAAGUAGCAUAACUCAUGCGCCUGGUGUGUGGGAUGUAACAGGGUUUUAUUCAAUUAAAAAAUGCCUGCCCUCAAACAAAAA